UAACUUCAUCCUCAAUCUUCAUCACAUCUCACUCUGUACAGUUCACAGCUUGUAAGUCAUUUAUAAUAAGAAGAAGGAGAAGCGAUGUUCUUAUAUCAGAGGUCGAUUAAAUGUAUUUAGUGUCAGACUGAGUGCAAUUCUGUUCAUUCAGAGGGGGUUAGUUCUGCAUGUACGCAGGUCAGAAGAUCAGCGGGUACACAGUUCUGCAGGUUCGCAGGUCAGAAGAUCAGCGGGUACACAGUUCUGCAUGUACGCAGGUCAGAAGAUCAGCGGGUACACAGUUCUGCAUGUACGCAGGUCAGAAGAUCAGCGGGUACACAGUUCUGCAUGUACGCAGGUCAGAAGAUCAGCGGUACACAGUUCUGCAUGUACGCAGGUCAGAAGAUCAGCGGUACACAGUUCUGCAGGUUCGCAGGUCAGAAGAUCAGCGGGUACACAGUUCUGCAUGUACGCAGGUCAGAAGAUCAGCGGGUACACAGUUCUGCAUGUAUGCAGGUCAGAAGAUCAGCGGGUACACAGUUCUGCAUGUACGCAGGUCAGAAGAUCAGCGGGUACACAGUUCUGCAGGUUCGCAGGUCAGAAGAUCAGCGGGUACACAGUUCUGCAGGUUCGCAGGUCAGAAGAUCAGCGGGUACACAGUUCUGCAGGUUCGCAGGUCAGAAGAUCAGCGGUACACAGUUCUGCAUGUACGCAGGUCAGAAGAUCAGCAGGUACACAGUUCUGCAGGUUAGAAGGUCAGCGGGUACACAGUUCUGCAUGUACGCAGGUCAGAAGAUCAGCAGGUACACAGUUCUGCAGGUUUGCAGGUCAGAAGAUCAGCAGGUACACAGUUCUGGAUGUACGCAGGUCAGAAGAUCAGCGGGUACACAGUUCUGCAGGUUAGAAGGUCAGCGGGUACACAGUUCUGCAGGUUUGCAGGUCAGAAGAUCAGCAGGUACACAGUUCUGCAUGUACGCAGGUCAGAAGAUCAGCAGGUACACAGUUCUGGAUGUACGCAGGUCAGAAGAUCAGCGGGUACACAGUUCUGCAGGUUAGAAGGUCAGCGGGUACACAGUUCUGCAUGUACGCAGGUUAGACGGUCAGCGGGUACACAGUUCUGCAUGUACGCAGGUUAGAAGGUCAGCAGGUACGCAGGUCAGAAGAUCAGCAGGUACACGGUUCUGCAAGUCAGUGUGUGUACUUGUGGUGAAUCAGUGGACUAUAACAGGAGCUCUGAAUGU